GAGAGCCAGAGAUCAAUUAGAAACUAUAGAGCUAGAGAUGGGGUUAAGAAUAAGGUUGGUCUUGUGUGGUUUGUUUAUGGUUCUCAUGAUGUGUUGUAUUGGCAUUCAGGCUGAUCAACUUCAAGUGGAUUUCUAUCAGAAGACAUGUCCUCAAGCAGAGAACAUUGUGAGGGAAGAAGUGUUCAAGGCUCUGAGUAAGAUUAUUGAACUGGCUGCUGGCCUUGUCAGAAUGCAUUUCCAUGAUUGUUUUGUCAGGGGAUGUGAUGGGUCUGUGCUCAUUGACUCAACCCCUGGAAAUACAGCAGAAAAGGAUUCACCAAUCAACAAUCCUAGUCUAAGAGGCUUUGAAGUCAUUGACAGUGCUAAGACAAGACUUGAAGCUCAAUGCAAAGGAGUUGUUUCAUGCGCUGAUAUCCUUGCUUUUGCAGCUAGAGACAGCCUUGCUUUUACUGAAAUGAUUAUCCCAUACGAAGUUCCAGCUGGAAGAAGAGAUGGAAGAGUUUCAUUGUCUUCAGAAACAUUCGCCAACUUACCAGGCCCCAACUUUAAUGUCAGCCAGCUCACUCAAAGCUUCCAAAAACAAAACCUCACUCAAAAAGACAUGGUUACACUCUCUGGAGCACACACCAUUGGUCGAUCCCACUGCGGAUCGUUCCAGAACAGGCUGUAUAAUUUCAACUCAACAGUGAGCCAAGAUCCAAGCUUGGAUGCUAACUAUGCAGCAGAGCUGAAGUCACAGUGUCCACAAGGGAGCACUAACACAAGCUUGGUAGUACCAAUGGAUCCAACUAGUCAAAACACUGUGGAUUCAAACUAUUUUAAAAACAUUCUCAAGAACCGUGGGCUCUUCAUCUCCGACCAGACACUCAUCUCCGACACAGCGACAGCUCCUCUGGUUAGGGCAAACGCUGUCUUUGGAGGAAUCUGGAAGGCCAAGUUCUAUGAUGCCAUGGUGAAGAUGGGACGUAUUGGUGUGCUCACUGGAACUGAUGGAGAGAUACGUUUGAAUUGUAGGGUUAUCAACUGAAUUUUUUCUUUUCCUUCUUGUUGUUGCAUGUUGUUGUUGUUGUUGUUGCUGUUGUUGUUUUAAAGGGUCUCCAG